CUCUUUGGCCAGCUGUCUCCGUCACCUGCUCUGUCCGUGCGGUUUGUUCCUUCGCGGACGCCGUACGACAUUGUUGACAACAAUGAUGGCGGCCUCAAUGUCACUGCUCGGCUUGGGACGUCUGUCUGUCAUCAAUGCGGCCUCUAAACUGGCCCUGAACCCCAUCAGGUCUGCGAGCACAUCAACAUCGAGGCUGGCAGAGAAAACAGGACAAGACACGCAACUUAUUACAGUUGAUGAGAAAUUGGACAUCACUUCUCUGACAGGGGUCCCAGAGGAGCACAUCAAAACGCGUAAAGUCCACAUCUUUGUGCCCGCCAAAUCGGCCAUGCAGUCCGGAAUCAACAGCACCAAAAAGUGGAAGAUGGACUUUGAUACCAGAGAGCGCUGGGAGAACCCACUGAUGGGCUGGGCCUCAACUGCUGACCCCUUAUCCAACAUGAUGCUCAGUUUCUCCUCCAAGGAAGACGCCAUUGCUUUUGCUGAGAAAAAUGGUUGGAGCUAUGACGUAACGGAGAAGAGGACCUCAAAGCCCCGGGUGAAAUCCUACGGAGCAAACUUCUCCUGGGACAAGAGGACCAGGAGGUCUGCUAAGUAAACUGAAGACGCCCAUCUGUUAGUUGGCUUGACCUCAGUUUGUCCCACGGAAGACCUGUAUCGUUCUUGUGAAUAAAUACUUAAUUAUAUACGUAUGAACCAAAA